UCGAAAUCAGUGUUAUGCAGUUGAGAGCGGAGUCCAGUUGAAGAAACUAAACGGAUCUCUCUGUCGGUGGGCAAGCUGCACAAGAUCAAGGCGCAAAUAUGUUUCUUCGGGGGAUACAUUGUUGUCGGUCGGCAACUAGUUUUGGUAAACAGGCUCUGGGAAAACCACCAUCAUCAACAGCGAGACUCGCAUCGCUACAGCAGCGGAGGCAUGCUUCAACUUCGGAGGACCCCUUGAAGCAGACUGUGCUGUAUGACUUCCACCGAGCGCAGGGUGGGAAGAUGGUGGGCUUCGCUGGCUGGAGCAUGCCAGUGCAGUACAAAGACAGCCACAUCGUCUCACACAUGCACACCAGAGAACACUGCUCCCUGUUUGAUGUCAGUCACAUGCUGCAGACCAAAGUUCACGGAAAGGACAGAAUAAAGUUCAUGGAGUCCAUGAUUGUUGCAGAUGUCGCUGAACUAAAAGAUAACCAGGGCUCUCUUUCUCUGUUCACUAAUGAGAAGGGAGGGAUCAUGGAUGACCUGAUAGUCACGAAGACUGAUCAAGGCUACCUGUACGUUGUGUCCAAUGCUGGCUGUGCUGAUAAGGACUCUGCCCAUAUGAAGGCUCGACUGCAGGAGUUUAAGGCAGCAGGUCAUGAUGUGGAUUUGGAGUUCCUGGAGGAGAGCCUGGUGGCUCUGCAGGGUCCCACCAUGUCAAAGGUGCUGCAGGCAGGGGUCAGCGAUGACCUGAGCAAGUUGACCUUCAUGACCUCCGUGCUGACCCCGGUGUUUGGGAUCCAGGGCUGCAGGGUCACCCGCUGCGGCUACACCGGAGAGGAUGGUGUUGAGAUCUCUGUCCCCAGUGGUCGAGCUGUGGAGCUGGUGGAGAAGCUUCUGGCUAACGGUGAGGUGAAGCUGGCCGGCCUGGGGGCCCGCGACAGCCUGAGGCUGGAGGCCGGCCUCUGUCUCUAUGGAAACGAUAUCGAUGAGACCACCACACCUGUGGAGGCCACUCUGGUCUGGACUAUCGGCAAGCGGCGACGUCAGCAGAGGGACUUCCCCGGGGCAGACAUCGUGGUUCCUCAGAUCAAAGCCAAGCCACAGAAGAAGCGCGUGGGCCUGAUCUCUACUGGACCUCCUGUCCGACAGCACACGCCCAUCCUCGCCCCAGACGGACGCCAAAUAGGUGAAAUCACCAGUGGAUGCCCCUCUCCCUGCCUGAAGAAGAACGUGGCCAUGGGUUACGUGGAGACGGCUUUCAGUAAGGCGGGCACAGCACUGCAGGUGGAGGUCAGGAAGAAGGCAGUGCCCGCUGUGGUCAGCAAGAUGCCAUUCGUGCCAUCUGGGUAUUACACGGGUCAGUAAAAGGCAACAGUCUGUGGAGUGGACACUUCUAGCAGUGGCCUCAAAGGAUUUAUCCGGAGUUGGAACAAGUUUGUCUGAUUUUUGCAUGUUU